AUGGCUGGUCUGAACCAAACGAGCCCAAGCGUCUCGGCUUCUGGUACAGGCACCUCCACCUGGCUCAGCGAUGAAAAUUGGCGCCUUCUGGAUCCUCUAGUCACCGUCUUCAACGUUGGUCUCAUCGUCUUCGUGUUGUACAUCCUCUGUCGGAUCUACUACUGUAUGUCUCGGCGCUCAAAUGGAACCAUCACGGCUGCUUUUUCCUUUGAUAACCCUACCGAGAUCUCCCUGCCCACCACCGCCAGGCUCAACAGCGAUGUUCUGUCGACGUUGCCGAUCUUCGUGUACGUCAUGGCCGCUGACGACGAAAGGCUGGAGUGCGCCGUGUGCUUGACAGAGUUCGAGACUGGCGAGAAAGGGAGACUACUUCCGGGAUGCAACCACAAAUUCCAUGUUGCCUGCAUCGACAUGUGGUUUGCGUCGCACUCCACCUGCCCCAUAUGCCGCUCCCGCGUCGAAGCCAAUGCAGUGGGAUCAGAUGAGGCAGUAUGA